CGAGGGCAAGGUUUUCUAGGCCUCCACUCUCAGGCGGCUCCUCAGUGCAACGCCAACCAGCAGGCCGAACGGUACACAGCAUUUUUCAAAAACAAAGAGAACGAGACAUGGACAGCAAGCAGCCUCCACCGUACAGCGAGCAGAGCGGAUUCACCCCGGCGCAGACAUACCAGCCAGGUGGACCCACACAGCCGCCGUUGUACCCACCCAUGCCCCAGCCGCCACAGCAAUCCACGGUGAUCAUUCAGACGACUACGACCUCGAAUCUGGUGCCGAUCGGCAGCGGACCCACCCGCAUUCGCUGCCCCUCCUGCCACGCCGAUGUUCUGACCACCGUUAAGAGCACCCCCUCGGGACGAACCCACUGCUGGGCGAUGAUCCUGUGCCUGUUCAUCUGCUGGCCUUGCGUGUGCCUGCCCUACUGCAUGGACUCCUGUCAGAACGCCAACCAUUACUGCCCCAACUGCAGUGCGUACAUCGGCACCUUCGAGAAUUAGUUAUAAUGUAAACAUAUACGAGCGCUAUCCAUUAGCCAGCGCAACUUAAUCAACUGUAAAUAUAAUCACGAGAACCCACAUUAAACACAAGAUUCCAACAGGAAAAAGAAAAAAGACAAACUCAA